AUGGGUCAAGAGCAAGAGCUUAUUGCCAGCCUUCGUGAUUAUGUGGCGCCAGCUUAUCGCGGCAGCAACACCUCGGUAUGGCAUCGUGUCCCGAUAACAAGAAGGUCAGCAGUGUUUAUUCUACUCUUUUUAGGCAACAUGGGGGAGCUAAGGGUGCUUCUAACUAAAAGAUCAUCCAAGUUGAGGAACUUCCCGGGCCAUGUGGCGUUACCCGGUGGUAAAGCAGACAACGGACUCGAAUCGGAAUGGAUGGUUAGCCGAAGGGAAAUGCACGAAGAGAUUGGAUUGUCUUCCGAUGAUGAAUCGUUGGCGAAAUUGGGUAUCAGUAUAGAGCAUGUUGCACUAUUACCUAGUUAUCUAUCGAGGACAUUUUCCUGUGUUAGACCAUGUGUUGGGUUUAUGAAGUUUAGUAAUGAGGGCGAUGUCGAAGCUACAAUUUCGUCAAAGUUGAAUCUUGUCUUGAACCCCGGUGAAAGUUCUUCGAUAUUUUCAUGUCCAUUAAAAGACUUUCUAUAUCCAGCAGUUGACGAAUCAGCAAGGGAAGCUUUGGAAAGGGUGUCAUAUCAUAUGAAGUGGGGAGGUAUUCCUUGGGCUUUACGGUCAUAUACAUUCCUACAAAAGAAUCCAAAUGAGGUCGAAUGGCUAAAACAUAUCAAGGAUCUAUCGGCACUGGAAGAUGAUGAGUUGGGGGAGGAGUUGGAUAUGUCAGACAAGGGAAGAAUUACACCUCCAAACACAACUCCCUUGAGGUCGACGUCUCCUACCAGAGCCAGAUCAAGAUCACCAAUACGGAGUAGUACCUCACUCCAACCAAAAGAUAGAAAAAAGAAACCCGACUUGUCCUCAUGGGGCAGACUAGGAUCUCGAACAGAUGAAGACACGAAUGAAAAAAUAUACGACGUUUGGGGACUCACUGCCAAUAUUCUUCACGACUUGAGUGAGAUAGUGUAUGCUAGAGAUAGAAUUGGCAAGAGGCAUAUUGGAGAAGAAGAAAUGAUAAACAGCCUAUAUGAGUUUGGCCACCUUAUGCGACAAAAGGAACGAAGCGAUGCCGAAGUCAAAUUGAUCCAUUCAUCAAACACACCAGGUUCGAAUGAGUCUGAAUUUGGAUUCAAUCUGGUUUUACCUCUGGAAGAAUUCAAUAGAUUGAAAAAGUUAUAUAAAUUGUAA